GUGUUGGUGUAGGUAAGUGCACCAAUGGGGACGUGAGGAAUAGAUAAUAGUUAUUAGACAUGGCAGAGUCUGUAAAUGGAGAAGUGAGGUCUGGGAAGCUGGAGUUUGAACUGUCUGUUCCUUUUCCAUCCCACCUGGAAGCACAGAUUGCUUAUGGGUCAUUAUCUCCAGAUGCAGAGCCUCGAAAAGGAGGAAUCAGUAAAGAACUAAAAGUAAUGGAGAACCUUCUGCAAGUGCAUUGGAGUGCUGAUGAAGCUCGAAUCCUCAGAGUCUCGGUCAGUUCAUUUCUGGACCAUCUCUCACUAGUCAUCAAAACAAUGGACAGAUUUGGACCACCAAUUUCAAGAUAACACAUCUUUCUCACUUUUAACACGAAGCGGAUUUGAAUUUAUUGGCAUAUUUUUUGCCUUGUGUUACUUUGCAGGCAACGUGGAGCAUUAUUGUAGGGCUUGGUGAACUCUUUUGUACAGAGACUGUUAACUCACCAGUGGGGGAAUAUUGGUGUAGUAUCUUAUUUUAUUUUGAUGAACUAAACAUCACAUAGAGGACUUUCUAAUCAGUGCAACUGCUGAAAGAGGAAACCUUGGAACAAAUGUUUUUAUUAUGUUUGCAUAUUCUGGGAAGAAGUACAUGGAUUAAUCUUUUUGGGGAAAAUAAAAAGUCUAAGUUUUAUUA